AUGUAUCUUUACAACCUAACCCUGCAGCAGGCGACGGGCGCUGUUUGUGCGAUCAAUGGCAACUUCGCCGGCGGCAAAUCCCAAGAGAUCGUUGUUGCCCGUGGAAAGACCCUCGACCUUCUCCGCCCUGACGAUUCCGGCAAGAUCCAGACCCUGCACUCCGUCGACGUCUUCGGCGCCAUCAGGUCCCUCGCCCACUUCCGUCUCACCGGGUCCCACAAGGACUACAUCGUCGUGGGCUCCGACUCGGGCCGCAUCGUCAUCCUCGAGUACCAAAAGGAACGCCUCACCAUCUCCUCCCCCCUCGAAGCUCACAAGUCCCACACCGUAACCUACUCCAUCACCGGUGUCGACUGCGGCUUUGACAACCCCAUCUUCGCUGCCAUCGAGCUCGACUACUCCGAGGCCGACCAGGACUCUACAGGUCAGGCUGCCGCCGAUGCUCAGAAGCACCUCACAUUCUAUGAGCUCGAUCUCGGCCUCAACCAUGUUUCCCGCAAGUGGACCGAGCCUAUCGACAAUGGGGCUAAUCUCCUUGUAACUGUCCCUGGAGGUGGAGAUGGACCCAGCGGCGUCCUCGUCUGUGCCGAGAACUUUGUCAUCUACAAGAACCAGGGACAUCCCGAUGUGCGUGCGGUCAUACCUCGGAGAGCUGAUCUCCCUGCAGAGCGUGGAGUCCUCAUAGUCUCCGCUGCCACCCAUCGUCAGAAGUCCAUGUUCUUUUUCCUCUUGCAGACCGAAUAUGGCGACGUCUUCAAGGCCACUCUUAUCCACGAGGGCGAUCGUGUCACUGAGCUCAAGAUUAAGUACUUUGACACCAUUCCGGUCACCUCUGCCAUGUGCGUCCUCAAGAGUGGGUACCUAUUUGCUGCUUCGGAAUUCGGAAACCACGGGCUCUACCAGUUUCAGGCGAUUGGGGAUGGAGAUGAUGUUGAGGCCUCCUCUGAGACUCUGAUGGAAACGGAGGAAGGCUUCCAGCCGGUCUUUUUCCAGCCGCGAGGCUUGAAGAACCUUGUGAGGAUCGACCACAUUGCGAGCCUCAUGCCUAUCAUGGACAUGAGAGUCAUGAACCUUUUCGAGGAGGAGACACCUCAGAUAUUCACUCUGUGUGGGCGGGGCCCUCGUUCCUCCCUUAGGAUAUUGAGACCUGGGUUGGCUAUCAGCGAGAUGGCUGUGGAGAGGCUCCCUGCUGUGCCCAACGCUGUGUGGACAGUGAAGAAGAAUGUGACUGAUGAGUUUGAUGCGUAUAUUGUUGUCUCCUUCCCCAAUGCUACCCUUGUCCUGUCGAUCGGUGAGACAGUUGAGGAAGUCAGUGACAGCGGGUUUCUUGACACCACGCCUUCACUUGCGGUUUCUUUGCUCGGGGAUGAUUCCCUGAUGCAGGUCCAUCCGAAUGGUAUUCGACACAUCAGAGAAGAUGGGCGUAUUAACGAAUGGAAGACGCCUGGCAAGAAGACCAUCGUCAAGGUUGGAUCUAACAGGCUUCAGGUUGUCAUUGCUCUCAGUGGAGGGGAGCUUAUAUACUUUGAGAUGGACAUGACAGGUCAGCUGAUGGAGGUGGAGAAGCAUGAGAUGCCUGGGGAUGUGGCCUGCUUGGACAUUGCGCCUGUUCCUGAAGGGAAGCAGAGGUCUCGUUUCCUUGCAGUUGGCUCCUAUGACAACACUAUACGCAUUCUGUCGCUGGAUCCUGAUGAUUGUAUGCAGGUUUUGAGUGUGCAGAGCGUGUCCUCACCUCCGGAAUCACUUCUCUUGCUUGAAGUGCAGGCUUCCACUGGAGGAGAGGACGGUGCCGAUCACCCUGCCAGUGUAUUUCUUAAUGCUGGUCUGCAAAAUGGUGUCCUUUUCAGAACUGUAGUGGAUAUGGUCACUGGACAGCUCUCUGAUACUCGUUCACGUUUCUUGGGUUUGAGAGCCCCGAAACUCUUUUCAGCAACAGUAAGGGGCAGGCAGGCUAUGCUUUGUUUGUCAAGCCGCCCUUGGCUGGGGUAUAUACAUCAGGGGCAUUUUCUGUUAACUCCUCUUUCCUACGAAACACUUGAGUUUGCUGCCUCGUUCUCCUCCGACCAGUGUGCCGAGGGUGUAGUUGCAGUUGCUGGAGAUGCUUUGAGGGUUUUUACUAUUGAGCGGCUGGGGGAAACAUUCAAUGAGACGGUAAUACCUUUGCGCUAUACUCCAAGGAAGUUUGUCCUCCAGCCCAAGAGGAAACUCCUAGUCAUCAUAGAGAGUGAUCAGGGAGCUUUCACUGCAGAAGAGCGCGAAGCUGCGAGAAAAGAGUGCUUGGAGGCUGCAGGUGUUGGUGAAAAUGGAAAUGCAAAUAAUGGUGAACAGAUGGAAAAUGGUGCUGACGAUGAGGAGAAGGAGGAUCCUCUUUCUGACGAGCAGUAUGGUUAUCCGAAGGCAGAAUCAGAUAAGUGGGCGUCUUGCAUCAGAGUUCUCGAUCCAAGGUCAGGAAACACUACUUGUUUGCUGGAGCUGCAGGACAAUGAGGCUGCUUUUAGCGCAUGUACUGUGAAUUUUCAUGAUAAGGAGCAUGGGACGCUACUUGCUGUGGGUACAGCAAAGGGGUUGCAGUUCUGGCCAAAGAGGACUUUUGUUGCUGGGUUUAUUCACAUAUACAGGUUUGUAGAAGAUGGAAAAUCCCUUGAAUUGCUGCAUAAGACACAGGUGGAGGGAAUUCCACUAGCCUUGUGUCAGUUCCAGGGGAGGCUUCUUGCUGGGAUCGGCCCAGUUCUCAGAUUGUAUGAUCUGGGGAAAAGGAGACUACUCAGGAAAUGUGAGAACAAACUCUUCCCAAAUACAAUUAUCUCUAUUCACACAUACCGGGACAGGAUUUAUGUUGGUGACAUCCAAGAGUCAUUUCACUACUGCAAGUAUAGACGGGAUGAAAAUCAACUUUACAUAUUCGCAGACGAUUCUGUUCCCAGGUGGCUAACAGCAUCAUAUCAUAUAGAUUUUGACACAAUGGCUGGGGCAGACAAGUUUGGAAAUGUUUAUUUUGUACGACUGCCACAGGAUGUCUCGGAUGAGAUUGAAGAAGACCCAACUGGUGGUAAGAUAAAGUGGGAACAAGGGAAGUUGAAUGGCGCUCCCAACAAGGUGGAGGAGAUUGUUCAGUUCCAUGUUGGCGAUGUUGUCACAGCCUUGCAGAAGGCCUCAUUGAUACCUGGGGGUGGUGAGUGCAUCAUUUAUGGCACUGUUAUGGGCAGCUUAGGAGCAUUACUUGCAUUCACCUCUAGAGAAGAUGUUGAUUUCUUCUCUCAUUUGGAGAUGCACAUGAGGCAGGAACAUCCACCAUUAUGUGGCAGGGAUCACAUGGCUUACAGAUCCGCAUAUUUCCCAGUUAAGGAUGUGAUUGAUGGUGAUCUCUGUGAGCAAUUCCCUACAUUACCUCCUGAUUUGCAGAGAAAGAUUGCUGAUGAAUUGGAUAGAACCCCGGGGGAGAUUCUCAAGAAGUUGGAGGAUGCUAGAAAUAAGAUCAUCUGAGAAACUGAGAGCAAAUCGCAAUGUAUUGACACACAAGCAAACACGGAAAGCCUAUCUCCGGAAGCUUGCCUUUGUAACAAGUGAAACCUUUUUGGUGUCAGUGGGUUAUACAUCCAGUUUUCUUGCAAAGCUGCAGAAUGACCGCCUAGUUAUCAGAUGAAAAUUCAUGUACCAGCAAAGUCUAUCUUUGGACCUGUUAAAUUGUUUAACCGUUUGUGGGAAACGAACCACUGGGAUUGUCUUAUUUUAAGGUGGUGCUACGCCUUUUGUGUUCAUAGUUCUGGUAUGGCUCUGACGUCCGAUCCCGGGCGUGGUAAUUUAAGGGG